AUGUCAAACCGACGAGUGUCUCUACCGGUCGCCCUCGCCAUUCCCCAACAAUUCCCGUCUCGACUGUCACCGCCGUCACCGUCUCCGCCGGGUAAUCGGAGAUCCCUUCCAACCUCGCCAAUCUGUCGUCGGAGUCUACCGUCGACACCACGUACCGUAUCCCCGAGACGGUUGAAUAAUUUGUUGCCGGAUGUUGAUGAACACUGUGCGAGUACUAGUACUACAUCGAGCUCGGAAAACUCGCCUCGUCGUGUGAAAAAGCGGCGGCCCCCGCCAAGAUACCAAUACUCUCUGCAGACGACCGCUUCAAUUAUGAGUUCCACAAAUUCAGAAGACGUUGACGACGAUAUAAAACCAGAAGGGACACUUCGAAGUUUUGCGAUCAAAAAUGGACAUGUCACUGAUAAUGGAUACAAGAAUAUGAAUCAGAAGACGGCGCAACCGAUUGCUAGCCAUAACUACAAAGACCGUCGUGCCACGUGUCCAGAAGUGUGGCUAUUCCAAGAGACAUCAAACGUGCCGAUGCAACAUAUUGUCCUUCGAAUUUAUGGAUCCAAGAAUUCAGGGAAAAAGACGUUGCUCAAUUCCAUUAAUCAGUUCGCCACCAAGUUGGUGUCCCGAUACAAUAAUGAGUAUCCUGAAUUCCAGGAUCUUGGAUCCAACUACAGUAACCCGGAUCCUGGAUUUUUCAUUCUGAGUUACACUACCGAAGGCGACGAUUCCUCUUCGAAAACCCUCAAUUUCUUGCUAAACAACGAGCAAGUUGAGUUGGAAAUGCUCUUAGAGUCGACACUAGAGAACUCUCCAUUCGCCUCUUCUUUGACAAUGUACGCAGUGGUAUACAAUGUGGAUAGCCGCGAAUCGUUCAUUUCGGCGACUAAUUUGGUCACGAGACUCCUGAAUCGAAAAAUUGCGAGGGGACCGAAUAUUAUCAUCGUUGGCAACAAAAUCGACUUGAAACGCAAUACAGUAGUCUCGAAAAUGGAAGGCGCAUGUCUCGCCAAAAUCCACAAAUGCAAUUUCAUCGAAGUCUCCGCCCAAUAUCAGAUGAAUAUCUCGGAACUGUGGACAAUGAUACUGAAACAGUUACAGUAUCCCACUGGAAAUGGAAUUCAGGCGGAGCAGGAGGGGGCGGAGUCAAGUGGGAACUGGAUGGCUCGGAUUGUGACACGUGGAAGACAGUUGGCUCAUUCUGCCGAACAGAUUGUGCACAAGUUCUUGUGA